AUGAGUAUUUGGUCGACUGAAACAACGAACAAUUCUCGAUAUCAACAGCACACACUUAAUCCAGCAAUACGAUGUGACAGUGCAUCGCAAAAUAGUCGAUCUCUUAGUCCUGAUAUCGACAAUUAUUCAAACAAUAUCAGACGAAAAGGACAAGUUCGACGGACGCGAAUUUUCCAAAAGUGUUCAUUAAUAGAACCGUUCUGGUGUGGUUUACUGCUAGGCAUUCUACUUGGUUGCUUAAUUUUAGCGACUUGUAUUGCACUUUGGUUAACGUCCGACCAAACGACUACAAAAGCAACAACUAUUACAACUCAGACGACAACAUCCCAAACAACAGUGACAACAACAACCAGUACAACUUCGGUGACAACAACGACGACCACAACUUCAGUAACAACAACAACAACGAGCACUUCAACAACAACGACGACGACAACUACAGAAACAACAACAAGCACUACACAGCCAGUAAUCUGCCCAUCAGCAGUCUGGCAUCCGAAUGGUACUACAGUUGCUGGAUCAUCCAAUGGCAUACAUGGUUCACAGGCAUCAUUAUUAAACGGAGCAUAUGACGCACCAAAUAGUACAAAUGGGACAGUCUUUGGUCCACAAAGUGGUUAUGGAUUUGGAGACACAAAUCAUUUGAAUACAGCUACAACUCUAGCUUUCGAUUCAACCGAAUCAAGUGUGUAUCUAUCGGAUACAUUCAACUGUCGUAUCCUUAACAUGGAUCUGACAACAGGCAAUACUUCAGUUGUCAUUGGUUCUGGAUGUGGGAAAGCAUUGAAUCAAUUCUAUUUGUGUGACGGGCUACAUGUCGAUCGUUUCAAUAAUAUUUAUGUUGCAGACUGGACCUAUGAUCGUGUACUCAAAUUUUCUCCCAGCUCAAACAAAUCUGCCAAUGGCGUCAUUGUUGCUGGAACUGGUGUGGCAGGUGUAUCUCUCAAUCAACUGAAUACACCGUGGAAUAUUUAUGUUGAUGAAUCUGACAACGACACAUUAUACAUUUCAGAUUAUAACAAUCAUCGUGUUAUGAAAUGGCUGUCAAACGCUACAAAUGGUACAGUUGUCGCUGGAGGUAAUGGUCCCGGCUCGCUCUAUACACAAUUAAAUCUUCCACAAGGUAUUUUUGUUGAUUCAUUCGGAACAAUCUAUAUCGCUGAUUAUGGCAAUCAUAGAAUAAUGAAGUGGAAGAAAAAUGCACAAAAUGGGACAUUAGUAGCAGGUAUUUCAGGUUCACCUGGAACCUCACCAGCACAAUUAAAUAAUCCAUCUGGUAUUGAUUUUGAUAAGAAUGGAAAUAUGUAUGUUUCUGAAUAUUCAAACCAUCGUGUUCAACGAUUCAAGAUUGACAACACCUCCUGCUAA